AUGCCUUCAAAUUAUCCUUCGCUUGCUGUUUCCUUUAAUGAUAUCGGUACUGUAUAUGAAAAGAUGAAUAAAUACACGCAAGCACUUUUGCAUUAUGAAAAAGGACUUGAAAUUCAACAAGCAAUACUUCCUUCUAAUAAUCCUAGCUUGGCAUCUUCAUAUAGCCACAUUGGAUAUAUUUACGAAAAAUCGGGUGAAUACACAGAAGCUCUUUCAUUUCAUGAAAAAGCACUUGAAAUUCGACAAACUAUACUGCCUUUAAAUAAUUCUACCAUAGCUUAUUCUCACAAUAACGUCGGUUCUGUGUAUGAAAAGAUGGACGAGUAUUCGAAAGCACUUUUAUCUCACGAGAAAGCACUGGAAAUCCAACAAAAAACAUUGCCUUCGAAAUAUCCUGAUUUAGCUCAAUCUUACAGCAGUAUCGGUUAUGCGUAUGGUAAGAUGUGUCAAUAUUCAAAAGCACGUCAAUAUCAUCAGCGUGCUGUUGAUAUUGGACAACAAUCACUACCACCCAAUCAUCCUCGUCUUCAACAAUGGCGAAAGAACCUCGAAUAUAUAGAAAGAAGAUGUAACUGA